AUGCGCUGUACCACCCUCUUAGCCCUGUUGCUGGGGGUCAUGCUCUACGUGGGCUUGGGAGCACUAGUGUUUAGCUCCUUGGAGGAGCCUGAGGAGAAAAAAGCUUACCGCAGCCUUCUGGCCACUCGAGAGGCCAUCCUCCAGAACUACUCUUGUGUUUCAGAGGUGGAGUUCAACAUUCUUGUAAAGAAGGUGGCGUCUGCUGUUAGUGCUGGUCUGGAUGCCAAUAACCUUUCUGCCAACUUCAGCACUCGUUGGGAUAUUGCUUCAGCCUUCUUCUUCUGUGGCACCAUCAUCACCACUAUAGGGUUUGGAAAUCUCUCUCCUCGGACAUGGCCUGGACAGUUGUUAUGUGUGUGUUAUGCUCUGGUUGGGAUUCCCAUGUUUGGUAUCCUUCUGGCUGGAGUGAGUGACCACAUGGGCACGGUGCUGCGUAGAGCUGUGGCCAAGAUAGAGACUCUGUUCCUGAAGCGCAAGGUCAGACAGACCACAGUGCGUGUGCUCUCAGCUGUCCUCUCCAUCCUGAUUGGCUGCCUGAUCUUCCUGGCUGUGCCAACAGUUGUGUUUCAUGAAGUGGAGGAUUGGACCUUUAUCGAGUCUCUUUACUUUGUGGUCAUAACUCUUACUACUGUGGGUUUUGGUGACUUAGUACCAGAGGGCCGUAAAUGGGGAAUGUUUAAACUCCUGGUACUGCUAUGGAUCGUUUUUGGCCUUGCUUAUUUUGCCUCCAUCCUCACGAUGAUUGGAAACUGGCUCAGAGUUCUGUCCAAAAGGACUCGAGCUGAGAUGGAGGAGCUCAGGGCCCAUGCCACGGACUGGACCCAGAACAUCCAGAACAUGUCCAUGGACUUCCGCAUUCCCAAUCCUCUGGAGUUCAAUGACCCCUUCCUCCUGCAGAGAAGAAAAUGGAAACGCAGUGAACGGCGACAAAUUCGACGCGGAGCCCAAUGCACUGUGGGUUAUUUGGUCCGGGGAGGAUCUGAAAAUGGUCACCUGCCAAACCGCUGGGCUGGUCUGUCUGCCUCCAUGAUGGAGUUGGAGAGGGAAGCAGUAUCUCCGGGCAAACAGCGGCUGCACGCUCUGUCUGCGAGCUGCAGCCUAAUCAUCUGCAACACCAGGAAGGAUCGCUGUCUGAAUGGGAGGCAUCUGGUUCAGGUUCUGAAUCCUCUUUUACUGCACAUAAGCUCCAGUCAUGUCUCACAGAAGAUAGAGGGGACAGAAAGGUAA